UGCCCGGAAACCGGAGAGGAAAUGACUGUUACUAUGGCUCCUCCACAGCGGCGCAUCCCGCUCCACCUGCUCCUGCUCCUAUUCCUGCGUCCGGGGUCGGGCCUGGCCUUCCCCACACCCACUCCAGGCUCCAGCACUGACACAGAUGACCCUUUCCACUACGACGUGCGGACGCUCAGGAUGUGGGGGCUGGUGGCCGCAGCCGUGCUGUUCAUCACAGGAAUCCUCAUCCUCACCAGUGAUCGCUGCCCCAGGGGGUCCCCCUGCCGCCGGCAGCAUCAGAGUGCCUAGAGUCGCCCACGAGUGACGCCCCCGCGGCUGGCCGGCGUGGGGACGGAGCCCAGCCCUGCCCCCCGGGCCCCGGCGCCCAUCUCCGGCCCUUCUUCCACCUCCACUCGUUGCAGCCAAAAUUAAAGUGUCCGAAACCGA